GAUUUGAGAAUUUUGAAAUAGUUCAUUGCUUAGAUAUCCAUGUAAAUAGACUGAGUUUUAAUGACACCGUUUGCAAUUGUGUUAAAGUCACUGACCAAAAUGACGGCGAUUCCAGCAGCCCCGAGUCUUGGGAUGUUUCUGUGUUUACUGUUUGCAAAUAUUCGGAGCACGGUCGGCGUCUACUGCUACUACUCGUACACCUACUCCUACUACUACUGCAACUAUACCUACUCCUCCGAUGUGAGCGUGGACGUGAUAGGUGGCGCUGUGGCGGGGGUCAUCAUAUUCGCCAUCAUCGUAUUUGUGGUGAUCGCGAUCUUCUGUAAGAAGAAGGUGGUCACUAGAGGGCGUGUGACAAACAUUACCCCGGCAACCACCGUCACCACCAUUCAACCGCCACCACCCCAAGGAGGAUUCAAUCAACCACCGCCUCCCUCUUUUGGAGGAGGUAACCCAGCGUACCCACCCGGCCAGUACCCUCCCCCACCCCCUGCCUAUGGAACUGGAGCUUAUCCACCCCCGGGCGGAAGUUACCCACCCCCGGGCGGGAACUUUCCACCUCCAAAAUACUAACAUCCUGCUGUGAAAUAAACUACACGUGUAGUUACAUGUAUGUGCGUCUUUUGACAAGAACUUUAAACUCGAGUGACAGACAGUGCUGUGUUUUUCUCCUUAAUUAACCUUGCAUAUGUAACUUGUGUUUCUAUGAUUGUAAUUUCAAUCACUACUUUAUCUUUAUGCAAACAUGAAAUAAAAUGAUUUACUUAU